GAAUUUGACCUCACUCUUUGCGCCUCCAUAAGAUUGAAGUUGACAUAAGCUGGGGAGAAGAAAACUCUUUGCUCCCAAGAACUGUCUACCCUCACCGCAUGGUCUGACGGUCCCGUAGCUCCGAGACAUCAUCCUCGCGUAAUAAUAAAAUUUUCGUCAUUGAUACGGCGCCCGUUUGGCCUCCCGACCGAGAAGCGAAUACGUACACGGACGAAGGCGUCGCGAUGGAUGCAUAGAGGCUCUCCUAAAGCGAUAGAAGUGGUCGCUUUGGAGAGCGCUGCGUAGGACCCAUGGCUCGCAAGAAAAAGGCGAUUGACCAUAUGGUCAAUCGCAUGAGCAAAAUGCGCCUCGUCGACGAGCAGGCCGCACACAAGCCGGCAGUCAAAGUCGAGAGGCGUAGCGAAGAUGCGCAAAAGGUUGCGACCCAGCCGUUCCGCUUCUUCGAUCUCCCGUACGAGCUGCGGCUGCGCGUCUACGAGGAGGUGCUCGUUUUCCCACGCACAAUCGAUCUCGAUCCCUCCAACUACAGCACCGUCGCGCCGGCCCUGAGCCUCUUCCUCGUGGACCGCCGCAUGCACGCCGAAGCCUCGCGCGUCUUCUACGGCCGCAACACGUUUCGCGUCUUCCCGGUUCACGGCCGGUACAUCAACCGCAAACACCCGCUGCUAGCAUGGUUCCCGCGCAAAUACCGCGAGCUCCUCACGCGGCUCGAGCUGCGGCUCGGCCCUGGCUUCACGAAGCCGCCGAAAUGCUGGGUCGUCGACAGCCGGCUGGGCCUAGCCGCCGCAAAGAAGGUAUACCGACUCAGCGUGUUUGUAGAAAUCGACCCGGCCUCCAAUGACGUCUUCGAGGGCUUCCGCGUCGCAAACAACUUCUACACGGAAUACUGCAUCAACCUGCUGCGCGGCCUGCUCGCACAGGUGCCGUCCAUCCACGACGUCGAGUUCGAUGCGUAUCCCAGUGUGCCCAGCACGAGUCCGCUGCUCGCCGGCUUGCUCGACGAGGCCCGGCUCCAUCAGAAGCGCAUUGCCUGGGGCCCCGAGAGGGGCUGGGACAAGAUUGUCGAUGGUGAUCUUGCGGGCGUGCUGCAGAAGACGGGACUACCUCAGCGCCGUGACUGUGCGUAGUUUUUGAUGGCGUACGUGGUAAUAUUUGCUUUGUGAUGCCUUUUUGUAAUAUAAUACUCUUUUCUUUUCAUGACGUGUACCAAUAUAUAUUGAACUACGGCUUACAUCAUCAUUACCAUCAUGAUUACAGUUUUGAUAUUUUGCUCAGAUAUUACGAUAUGUUUCAUUCCUCAAGAUCGAAUUGUUGUGUUUGUGGCUUCAAAGGAGGAAGCCCUUGUUCGGUACUUAUCGUGUCUUUAGUCUAGCUCGCGUGUACAUCUUCGCGGAUUCCACCUUUCAUGCUACUUACUCU